CUUGCAUCUGAAGAGAACGUGGAUAAGUGGAGAUGACUUUGAAAGUAUAAAAGUUAUCGGGCGAGGAGCUUUUGGAGAGGUGACAGGAUGACUUUGUUGAUGAAGAAAGACACAUUGAGUGAGAAGGAAACACUUUUCUACAUGGCAGAGUCUGUGUUGGCUAUCAAUUCUAUUCAUCGGUUGGGGUUCAUGCUUAGAGACAUUGAACCAGACAAUCUCUUGCUGGACAGCAAUACUUACUCUACUGUUGGUACUCCUGACUACAUUGCUCCUGAAGUCUUCGUACAGACAGGCUAUACAAAGUCGUGUGACUGGUGGUCACUAGGAGUCAUCAUGUACGAGAUGUUGAUAGGGUGGCCGCCGUUCUGCUCAGAGUCUACACAAGAGACAUACAAGAAGAUUAUAAAAUGGAAAGAGAAUUUGGUAUUUCCUCCUGAGAAUCCGAUAUCUGCCGAGGCUUGUGAUCUCAUACUGAAACUGUGUACAUCUCCAAAUGUAAGAAUCGGAAGGAAUGAUGUGACCGAGAUACAAUGUCAAUCAUUUUUUCAUGAUGUUGACUGGAAACACAUCAGAGACCAUCCAGCUGCCAUUCCCAUCACUGUGAAGUCAAUUGAUGAUACAUUAAAUUUUGAUGAGUUUCCAGAUCUUGAACUGAAAAACAAAGACUAAAGAAGGCACACAGAACUGAGUGCUAUUGAGAUCUGCCAGCUGAAAAUUUUGGUCGGUAGUAAUGACGUCAUUUUGUUUACAAUUUACAGUCAAUUGCAUGUGAAUAUGAGUGGAGUGAUAGUUGAAGGGAGGGAGGUGAUGGUGUGGGUGUGAGGUUUCAUUGAAAUUGUUGUUGUUGUUCAAGAGCAGACGGAUUUGAAGAAGUGAGUGCAGAGUUGGAAGAAGACAUUCCAGGUUGCACCUCCAGAGAAGUUUGACUUCUUGUCCCUUCAGAAAAUUCUAGAGAUUCCGAACCGCCUCGUUAUGCCAAGUUGUCUGAAGCGUUGCAGAUGCACUCGGAUUUGACUCUUUGGACGGCAAUAGUGAAAGCUAAAGCCGUAAAAGGCAGCAGAUAGUCGUCAAAAAGGACCUUUGGAACCUGAGAAGCCAACAGAGAUAGAAGCAGCCCAGGUAUGUGCGAAGCGAUUGCCAAUAGGGCAACGAGAAAGGAAGCCGGCGUGUUUCCAAGCUUGUCAAGCGAGGAUGAAGCAGUAUUGCAUGGGGCAGCCUGCGGUUGAAAAAAAUUGUUAUUGUAAACAAAAGACGCGAUCACUAGAGAUGGAGGACCAGAAGAGGAGAUUCGACAAAUGACACGGUAUACGUACCAAAGUGCUGAACCUCUAGCCGAAGGCACUACUGUUUGGGUGACAGACACUGAGACAGACAAGAAGCAAGAAAGGUACUAUAAGAAGAAUCAACAGCAUGCAAGGUCAUAUCUGGUACAAACUCCAUCUACAACUGUUGGAAGAAACAGGCGACACCUCUAGUGAACAUUCCACCAUCACAGCAGCAGGAGAAGCCUGAAAAGACACCCCACUUCGACUACUCAGCACAUCAGUAAACAUCUACUACCCAAGAGGACAGAGUCCAACAGAAUUCGCCAACAGUGAGGACAAGGAGUGGAAGACGAGUAGUGACACCUAAACGUUUAGGUUUAUAGAAAGUAAAAAGUAGUGUUGCAUGCUUUGAGAAGGGAGAUGUAGGGUAAGACAGUUCUUGACUUGAGAAAGGGGGAUGUAUUAGAGGUUACUGGAUUGUGUUGGCCACUCCUAGGGGAGGGACCAUAGUUAAGUGUGUAUGGUUGAUUUCGAGUGAAUACAGACUGUUA